CGCCAUUAUAUGGCCGCCCCGCCGGGGAGGGGGGAGGAGGAGGAAGAGGAGGAGAAGGACAAGGACGUGCGGCGGUGUCUGCGGCCAUGGCGCUGAACCCGGUGCUGGGGAAGCUGGUCAGCAAGAGGGUGGUGCUGGCCAGCGCCUCGCCGCGCCGCCAGGAGAUCCUCACCAACGUGGGCCUGCGGUUUGAGGUAGUUCCAUCCUGGUUUAAGGAGACACUUGAAAAGUCAUCUUUUGCAGCCCCUUAUGAAUAUGCUGUAGAAACUGCAAAGCAGAAGGCCCUGGAAGUAGCAAACAGAAUGCACGUAAAACACCUGAGGACACCUGAUAUUGUUAUAGGAGCAGACACUAUUGUGUCCGUGGAUGAGCAGAUCCUGGAAAAACCAGUUGAUAAGCAAGAUGCAUAUAGGAUGUUGUCAAGGCUGAGUGGGAAAGAGCACAGUGUUUUCACAGGAGUGGCUAUUAUACACUGCAGCAGUAAAGGUAAUCAGCUAGAGACAGAGAUCACUGAUUUCUAUGAAGAAACUAAAGUAAAAUUUUCAGACCUUUCUGAAGAGCUGUUAUGGGAGUACAUUCAUAGCGGGGAGCCUAUGGACAAGGCUGGUGGAUAUGGAAUCCAGGCCCUUGGUGGGAUGUUAGUUGAAUAUGUCCAUGGAGACUUUUUGAAUGUGGUGGGAUUUCCUCUGAAUCACUUCUGCAAAAAGCUAGCAGAAUUGUACUACCCACCCCCCAAACACACUGUACAGCAUAUAAAGCAUGACUCUAUCCCUUCUGUGGACACUUUUGAGAAUUUGAGUGAUGGAGAAAGUGAGUCAUCAAAUUUCACAGAGCAUAAAGGUGCUAAAAAGUUGGACAGCAGUAGUAUGUGUCCCUCAAGACCUGUUUACAACUGUGAGAACAGCUCUAGUGUCAGAACUGACUCUAUGGUACCUUUGGGAAAUCAGAACGGAGCAUCAGAAAGUGCAGCAAAACUUCCAUCUAAAAUUGUAGACCUGAUGGAUGGUUUUAAAGCCUCAAAGGCGCUGUUUGUAGCCUCUAAGCUGAAGGUGUUUGAUUAUUUGAAAACUAAAGGUCCUCUGAAAGCUGUGGAUGUUGCAAACGAGGUUGGAACCUCAGUGUGUGGAACAGAAAGACUCCUUGAUGCCUGUGUGGCUCUUGGAUUGCUGGAGAAGACAUCACAAGGCUACAGUAAUACAGAUUCAGCAAAUACUUACCUGACAUCAGAUGGUGAAUACUCACUUCAUGGCUACAUUAUCCACUCUAACGAUCAUCUCUGGCCUCUCUUUACAAACCUGGAGUCUGCUGUUAGAGAGGGAAGCAGACAGAACCAUCGAGCCUUUGGAAGGAAAGCAGAGGAUUUAUUUAAGGACUAUUAUCACAGCCAGGAGGUGAAGCAGCGUUUUAUGGCUGCCAUGCACAGCAUUGCCCACCUGACAGCACGAGAUGUGGCUACAGCAUUUGAUCUUUCACAGUUUAAGUCUACUUGUGAUUUAGGAGGUUGUACUGGAGCUUUGGCUCAUGAAUUAAUACAAAUAUACCCAAAUAUGAAGGUUACAGUGUUUGACCUUCCAGAAGUCAUUGCAAACAUCUCUUACUUUCAGCCUUCAGAACAAUGCGCAGCUCCAGUGACAUUUUUAUCAGGUGACUUCUUCAAAGAUAAUCUUCCAGAAGCAGAUCUUUAUAUCCUUUCACGCAUUCUUCAUGACUGGCCAGAUGAAAGGAUUCAUGUACUGCUAAGUAAAAUAUCAGCUGUUUGCAAACCAGGAAGUGCCUUGCUAGUGGCAGAAAUUGUGCUUGACAAGCAGAAGACGCACCCUGCUAGAGCUGUGCUACAGUCCCUCAGUAUGACUGAAGGCAAGCAGAGAAGUGGCUCGGAAUAUAAACAGCUACUGGAGAAAUAUGGAUUCACAGAUGUACAAAUUAAGAUCACAGGAACCUUACUAGAUGCUGUUCUAUGCUUCAAGAAGAAUCUGUCACCUUAGUGUGAACAGAAGUAACAUGGGAUGAUGAGUUCUUAUAACACUUAUGCUGGUUGACGAUGUCAGUUUAAGAUUGUUUUGACCCUGUAUGUGAAACAUAAUUAUUACAGGCUUUGAAUAAAAAGUUGGACUGUUGCUUGUGCAGGAAUGAGUUCUAUGCUUUAAAAAGUAUUUGGGGCAGAUUGAAAGCUGUGUAUGAAAAAACUUUUGUACACUUUGGCUAGUCCGCAGACUAUGUUCAACUUGGAGUUGAUGUAGCUGUAUAGCAGCAAGUUAAAAAUGACAAGCUUUCAUGAGCCUCAUUAAUAUCUGCUUUCUUGGGCCUUAAAGCUACAGAAUUCUCCCUCUGCAAUAUAUUCAGUGGUCACUACUCAUUUUUAUCAGAAAUGUAAAAAUAAUAAUGAUACUCUAUCAAAAUCAGGAUGGUAGUCCUCUUUUUCACUUUUGUGGGGCUUUACUGAAAAGCAACUGAAGGAUAACAUUUUUAGGCUUUUUUUUUUUUUUUUUUUUUGCCUUGGGCAAAAGGGAAAAUAGAACAAAGCUCCAACAUGUUCCUACAAGAGCAGUAGUGUCACGAGCUUCAGCAGCCUCUAACCUCCAGACAUAAUAUAUACCCCACAGGCUGCAAUUGAGAGCUGUUCCUAUUGGUUCCUAUCAGUUUUGUUUCUUCUGAAUACAGAUCUGUGACUACAUACGACUUCUGUCUCAUUUGGCAUGAAUCCUAGGUGUUACAGUUUUCGUAAGAGAAUAUGUAUGAAUAGAAAUUUUAGCAGCUUCUUCAUGUUCCAGUUUUUAACUAGAGAAUUAUAUUCUCUAUCCCCUCUCCUCAAGUAACUCAUCACUUAGGUCACCACUCUUAACCUUUGUUUUUUCCUGAUACUUCAUUGGCAUUCUCCUAGAUUUAAAAUCCAGUUUGUGGUGGAAGCUUUCCUGGAGAUUAAAGUUGCUUUCCAGAACUA